CAAGAAGCUGAUCAUGGCUGAUAGAGAGGAAAGCUCCUUGUCUGAGGACUCUGAAGGAUCAAGCACCAGCAGCUCCUCUGAGGGCUUGCUGCAAGCUUGCUCAACUGAAGCUACACCUGAUAACCGAGAUAAAGAGCCCUCACCUUCGAGUUCUCGGCCAGCCUCAAGAAAAAAAGUAAGAACCUUGAAUUCAGCAAGACUCAGGGGGCGACGUGAGGAUCCAUCUGCUGCUGUAACGCGUGGAGGUCCUUCUGCUGUAUCUUCAGCAAAGUAUGGCGGUCAGCCAAAGUUGCCCAAACCUAAACUUGACCUGAAAGCCCUCUUUGACUAUCUCGCCAGAAAGAGAGAGCUCAGGAGCAGGAAUCGCAGAAGCCCUCAGACAGAAAAGGCCACGAAACGCAAGAGCCCUCAGACAGAAAAGGCCACGAAACGCAAGCGCCCUCAGAGAGAAAAGGCCACAAAACGCAAGAGCCCGGAGCCACGUACGAAGAGACCACGGCUCAUGGCCUCAAUAGGAAAACGAAGGAAGGGGUACCUUCCGUUUGCUUUUGUGCAGAAACUCUACGGACAGAAACAUAUUCCCUUGAGAAUGGAGUGUUUGUUUGAGCAAGAAGCUUUGCAAGGAUUCUUCAAGUACAUUGAAAAGCUGAAAUUCGAGCACCACCUUGAGAAAUCGCUGGCAAAGCUGGAUGCCGCAGAGGAUCUAGAAAAGGAGACUCUGGAGUCCCGGAGGCACAAAUACUUGGAUGACGAUGGCCCUCUUUCUCCCAUCGAAGAGGCAAAUGGAGACAACAUGAAUGAAGAUUGUGACACAGAAGACAUUGGUGCCAGGAUUGUGGACAACAGCUGUUUCAUAUUGAGUAGCAAAAUCCCAGAGAAGAAAUCCAAAAGGAAGACCAAAUCCUAAUUUUGCAUGUUACGGGCGAGCACUCCAUGUCAUAAUCUGCUUUGGGGAGAGAAGCAAGGUCUCAUUAAAAGGAGCAAGAAAACUGGAAUGUUGUGGUCAAAUUAUGCAAGUUCUCAGUUGUUCCUUCAACUCUCGUUCAGUUUCACAGCUACUAAUGACACAGCAUCUGAACCAUUUUGGAGCAGCGCCCUAAUACAAAAGGAUUC